AAUGAUACCGUUAUAACUCCAUAGCUAGUACUAAUUAAUUAGUGUGCAUCCUAGAGAUUCAGAUACAAUGGAGAAAGAUGGUUGUAGUAGGGAUAUUGAAGGGUGUGAGGAUGGGUUGGAGGUUCCAUUCCUUGAUGACUAUUCAUCAAAGAUGGAUGUGGAUUCUGAUGAUCACAACGAUAAAGGGUCUGUCUUCAUGGUGGUUCUCAGCACUUGUGUUGCUGUUUGCGGCUCUUUUGAAUUUGGUUCUUGUGUUGGUUACUCAGCACCCACUCAAUCUGCCAUUAGGACAGAGUUGGAUUUAUCAGUCGCCCAGUUUUCCAUGUUUGGCUCUAUUAUAACCAUUGGAGCAAUGAUUGGUGCCGUUGCAAGUGGAAGAAUUUCAGACUUAGUUGGUAGAAAAUGGGCAAUGAGACUGUCGGCAGUGAUAUGCAUUCAUGGGUGGCUUGCAAUUUAUUACUCCAUGGGAUCAUGGUCGCUUGAUGCCGGAAGGUUCUUCACAGGAUUCGGCAUAGGAAUAUUCUCUUAUGUGGUUCCUGUAUUUAUAGCUGAAAUUGCUCCGAAGAAUCUUCGUGGUGGGCUUACGACGAUUAAUCAGCUUAUGAUUGUUUGUGGCUCAUCAGUUGCAUAUCUGCUGGGGGCUGUUAUGACCUCGAGAUAUUUAGCACUCAUUGGAAUUAUUCCAUGUCUGUUCUUGCUUGUUGGUUUGUUCUUUAUCCCAGAGUCACCUAGAUGGCUGGCAAAAGUUGGUCGUGAGAAAGAUUUCGACGCUGCGCUGCGAAAACUUCGGGGGGAAGAUGCAGAUGUUAUUAAAGAAGCUGCAGAAAUACAAGCAUAUGUUAAGAGUGUCCAAAGUCUUCCCAAAGCCAGAAUCCUUGACUUGUUUGGCACCAAAUACAUUCGUUCUUUAUUUAUCGGUGUGGGAAUGAUGGUCUUCCAACAAGCGAGUGGGAUAAACGGGAUUGGUUUCUAUGCUAGUGAUACAUUUUCGGCCGUUGGCCUUUCGAAUGGAAACACGGGGACUAUUGCCUAUGCUAUUGUGCAAGUCCCUAUAACUUUGGUCGGGGCAAUGUUGAUGGACAGAACAGGAAGAAGGCCACUUCUUUUGGUUUCAGCGACAGGAACAUUUAUUGGCUGCUUUAUAACAGGAGCUUCUUUCUAUCUCAAGGGUCAAAGUCUGUGGAUUAAUUUUGUUCCAGCAAUGGCUGUAUCUGGAGUGUUGAUAUAUAUAGCAGGAUUUUCAAUUGGAUUGGGAGCAGUUCCCUGGCUUAUAAUGUCGGAGAUAUUCCCCAUUCACGUAAAGGGUGCUGCUGGAAGCAUGGUUGUUCUGAUUACCUGGUCAGGUGCAUGGGCUGUCUCUUAUAGCUUCAGCUUUAUGAUGGAAUGGAGUUCCACUGGUACUUUCAUGAUUUACGCCAUGUUUUGCUUGCUGACAGUGUUGUUUGUGGCAAAAGUUGUACCAGAAACCAAGGGAAAAACCUUGGAGGAAAUCCAAGCAGUUAUAAAUUCAUAAAGUAUGUAGUAGUAUUACCAAGUAAGCAAGAAAAUUGUUUUUGGAAUUCUUCACCGGAGUCAAGAGCCUCAAUGUGCUUGCCAUUGCACUAAAGUUGUAAAGUGGAUUCAAAGAUAUGUAGAAUGUGGAGAGGAUUGCAGUGUUUAGAUAA